CGUAUGGCCUACAGCGCUGGGAUCUUUAUUACAUAAGACUCCCUCAAGUCAUUGCACGUGGACACACACCUGGCUGUGAGUGUGUGUAUGGCCUGUCAGUUGUCUAUGACAGCGAGAGGUCUAACUGGAGAUCUUUAGGCCAGAAGUGUGACCGUUUGGAGCAUCACGAGAGUGUGAGAAGCAUGAUUGCUGAAGAGUUCGCUGUGGUUUAUUUAUAGGCUCUGCAUCAGCAGCAGUCACAGUGCUGCAAAUGAAGCCCUUCAGAGAGAGAGAGAGAGAGAGAGAGAGAUGCAUGUGACAACAGCGGUCCACUGAGGUCUAUGUUGAAUCAGACGUGAGUUUUACCCUCUUCUGCACGCGGAUCCGCGGAGGAAACCAGCAACAGCUCUACAGAUUUAACACGACCAAAAACAGGCUGAAGGAAAGAAAGAAGCAGCGGAAUCGAGAAAUAAGGAUGCUCUCUUACAGAUGCAGUUUGUGGGUGUGAAGCUGUCUGUCGCACAUCAGCUGGGUUUCUGUCACUGGUUUUCAACUAUUGAGCACCGGUGUUCUGUUGCAAUGUCAGUGCAGGAGUGUGUAUUUUUCAGGAUAAUUCCCACACCAUAAGAAGAGAUCUGGAAUGUGUGCAGAAACUCUCCUGCACUAAUAAAUGCGUAUCGACUAGUGCGUUCAAGGCUUUAUCUAAAAUACAGUCUGAAGUCAUAAGCCAUGGCUCUAAGGCCCACCCUCAUCUUCAUUCUCUUACUGAUUGGCUGCUGCGCUCUUGAGGACCCGCCCAAGGUUACAGCCCCGCCCCCUCCUCAUGGAUGUGGCGCUACAGUGGACCCGCCCUACAGAGUUUUGUGCGAUCUGGAGUCCGUGUGGGGCGUGGUGCUGGAGGCCAUAGCCUGCGGCGGUACCAUAUCUGCUUUGAUUCUAGCCGUGAUUCUUUUAGCCAAGCUGAAAACGGUAACGGAACCGGAGAAGCGAUGUGGCGUCGGUCCCCUCCUCCUCCUAUUGGCCGGAACCAUGGGUCUCUUCAGCCUAUCGCUGGUGUUCUUGGUGGGGCGUGGCGAGGUGCUCUGCAUUGUGCGCCGCGGGCUGUGGGGGGUGCUGUUUGCGAUGUGUUUCUCCUGUCUGCUGGUGCAGGGAGUGCGACUGAAGAAGCUGGCCGGAGGGAGGCGGAGCCCAGCAGGCAGCUCUCUCGCCGGAUUGGCGUUUACACUCACUAUGGUUCAAGGCAUCAUUGCUGGAGAGUGGCUGCUGCUUACGGUGGUCCGCGAGGGACAUGCAGCCUGCGAUUACCUGCCUCUAGACUUUGUGUUAGUGUGUAGCUAUGCUCUAGCGUUGUUGCUAGCGGCCAGCAUGUUGUCGUUGGCUGUGGUGUUGUGCGGAGGAAGCAACAGAGAGGAGUCGAGCAGGAAGACGAUGAAGUGGAGGUGCAACGCUGUCUGGCUUUUCCUCUCAUGUCUGUCCUCGCUUCUCCUCUGGGUCGCCUGGCUCGGUCUCUAUCUCUACAGCGAUGCCACCAUCACGACCGUAGCAAAGGAUUGGGACGAGCCGGCAUUAGCAGUUGCCUUGGUGACCGAGGGUUGGGUGCUGCUGUUAUUUCACGCUGUCCCAGAAAUGCACCUGUGCUUGCGUCCGUCCAGUCAGAGGAACGCAGACACCGGGCAGAACUACUAUGACACCCCUCAGCCGCCAACUGCACAAAGUUACCAUGACGACGAGCGGCCAACCAAUCCCAGAGCUCCGUUCACAGAGAGUCAGGCGUACACUGUAGAGGAGCACAGUGCAGGUAGGUUGUCACACAAAAAGCAUGAGCAACAUUCUGGGAAGGGUAGUUUAUGGUUCUAAAAAUAACCAUUAGAGCAGUGGUUUUCAAUCCUGUUCCUCGGGACCCACUGCUCUGCGCAUUUUGCAUGUGUCCCUCAUCUGAC